AUGACUUUACAUUGUGAUGGUCGGGAAAUCGGCGACCCCCAUCGAACCAGUACGAGGGGAGAGGAAUGGAAGAUAGAGAUGCAUCGAGAGUAUGACUGGUUUCCGACUGGCAGAAUCAAGAUCCUCAGAAUCCUUGAUGUGAGGUGUCGAGCGAAAGAUUACGAAGAUGAACCCGACCAUCUUGAUUCAUACGAGGGGUAUGACACGUCAAGAGCGAAUCGAACAGCACAUCUGGCUUGUAUCAGCGUCGAGGCAGGGAAGAGUCUUCUCCGUUCCUAUGUGUCGCGUAUACUGGAAGCGAUGCACAGAAAGUUGUUAUACGCUACUCCUUGA